AUGAGCUGCAACGGCUGUCGCGUGUUACGAAAAGGAUGCAGCGAGAGCUGCGUGAUCCGCCACUGCCUCGCGGGGAUCGACGGCGCGGAGGCGCAGGGCCACGCAACGCUCUUCCUCGCCAAGUUUUACGGCCGCGCGGGCCUCAUGGGGUUCAUCUCGGGAGUCGAGGAGAUCCAACGGCCCGCGCUCUUCCAGUCGCUGCUCUUCGAGGCGUGCGGCCGCACCAUUAAUCCCGUUUACGGCGCUUCGGGACUGCUCUGGACGGGCCAGUGGCAUUUCUGCGAGGCCGCGGUCGACGCCGUGCUCCGCGGAGGGUCAAUAAAGUCGAUAUCUGACUCUUCCUCUCCAGCCGUCCCGACCAAUCCUCCAGCUCCCCAGUUCCCCACUCCCACUGUCCGGCCGAUCGUAGCGGCUUGUUCUCUCCCUACUCCCACCAUGGUGACGUCAGCAGGGCCUGUAAUGAUGGUCGGAAACUCCGCUGCACCUUCCGCGUUCCCGCCGUCCGUGUUUCCCGGCGGCGCGCCGUUCUUUCCUGGGGCCAUGGGCGUCCUGAGGCCACGUGGCGGACUGCCCGCGACCGCGUCCGCGCUCCCCGCCUUACCUGGCGCUGCAGGGGGUGUGAGUGGGCCGCUCAUGGGCGGGUCUGCGAGGAGCUACCUUUCACAGCAAUUGAUGCAACAGCAGCAGCAACAGCAGCAGCAGCAGCAGCAGCAGCAGCAGCAGCAGCAGCAGCAGCAGCAGCAGCAGCAGCAGCAGCAGCAGCAGUACGUGCAGCUUCAGCAACAACAGCAGCAGCAACAGCACCAGCAACAGCAGAUGACGCAUCUACACAACCUGUAUACCGCACACGGCAUUUACCAACCCAGUGCCGCCGUUUCCGGGCCAGCCGCUGCCGCUACCGUCAUGUCUGCCGGCCAGCCGAUGGUCGCGCCUGGUCAGAUGAUCUCCUAUUGGCCGGCCGCCCACGUCACUACCGCCCCAACAUCCACCUUUCCCAGCGCGGCGCCUGGCGGAGUGAUGAUGGUUGCAACGCCGCCACCGCCAGCUCAGAUUUCCGGGUUUUCAAUGGCUGGCUUCCAGCCAAUGACGUUCGGACAGGUAGCAACUGGUGGUGCUCCAUGCGCUGUUGCCUAUUCAACCCCAACACAUCAACAGCAGCCGGUGAGUGCUGCACCGCAGCAGCAGCAACAGCAACAGCAGCAGCAGCAGCAAGCAGAGAGCGAGAAGCAGCAGCGUCUCAGACCAUGCACGCCACCUGCUGUUCCAUCAGCAAUGGAGACCCACAAAAGCCCAGCCGCACUGGCAGCAGCAGCGGGCGGCGCGCGGGCGGCACCAGAGCGCACGGAGAGCCCUGCCAGCUGUCUGUCCCCCAUGGCCAGUGGCGUCAGUGGGAGCAGACCGAGUGGGCUGAGCGGGUCCAAGAGCAGCAGAGGCCCCGAGGAGAACGGCGCACUGCUGCUGGCGCCAGUGGCCAGACGACCAAAACUCAUGCAUGCCCCAACCUCAGGCUCGCCGCAAUUCGUCUCGCCGAACCUGCAGCUCCGGCCAGACCAGGCCAUGGGAGGCAGCAGCGCCGCAGGAGCAAGGGCAGGAUCUGGGAUCGAGGAGGGGAUGCAUCAGCAGCACAGCAACACUUUCCCGUCUGCGCAUGAUGGUGUUCACGGCAAGCAGAGCUCUCCUGGUGAGCUGCUCCAGCUGCUCUCGUGA